AUGCCGCCGGCGGAGCAAAGCAAGGAGGACGCCAAGCAUAUGGGCCUUUGGACAAGAGCAGCGAACAAUCUUGAUCCAAGAGACAGGGAAAAGCUCGAUAACCUGAUCAGAUCCAAGGUCGAAUGCCUUAACGGCCAUGGACCAGACUCACUGGCGGACGAAGUCAACUCAACUCUUUCCAGAGCGGAGAAGCUCAAAGAGGAAAGCAAAGAGGUGACUUGGAGACCAGUAGUUGACAAGAUCAUCAAAGGAGCCCUGACUUUCAAAUCCCUUGGCGACGCUGCCGUAGCAUUUGACAAGUCAGGCUAUGCAGCCCUAGGUUGGUCGGUUGUGUCUUUCGGUUUGCAGCUCGCUGCCAACGCUGAAGAUACUCGCGAAUUUGUUCUCUCUAGUUCUGAGGUCAUCACACGAUUCAUGGCUAAGUACACGGAAUAUGAACGAAUUUUCAGAGGCCCUGAGUCCGGAGAACAGUUUGACCGUCUCUUGACGAAUGUUUACAAGGCUCUCUUACUCUACGUGAUAGCUCUAGAUAAAUAUCUACGUCAGAGCGGACCAGGUCUGCUCGAGGACCAAUCCAUUAGCUCGAGCAAGAAGGCCGUCGAUACUGCAGACGCCGAGGUCAGGGACUGGAAUGAAGACUUGCCCGUUGGCGGCGAGGCUCCUGGAGUACAGGCCGAGCCGAAUGUUGUCAUACUCUCCUUCUUCUUCCAUGACCGCGGUACAGACCUCCAGAGGACGCCACUUGGCCUUUUCCGAUCGCUCCUCCAUCAGCUCCUCCGCCAAGUCCCUGGCGCCAUUCCGGCCACCCUUCUCACAACGUUCCAGGAUCGGGAGACGAGGAUGGGCGAAGUGGGUGAGAAGUGGGACUGGAAAUGGCGCGAGGUACGGCACUUCUUUGAGAUAUCGCUUCGGAAGGUUCUCGAGAGUCGCCAAGUCUGCUUGUUCAUCGACGCUCUUGACGAAUAUGGCGAAGAUGAUGCGAACGAGCUCAUCAAGAGCUUCAACUCCUGGAUUCAAACGAGUCCGCCCCAGGCGCAGUUCCACAUUUGCUACACUUGCCGUCACUACCCGCCUCUGAGCUUGCCCGGGGGAAUGGUCGAAAUUCGUCUCGAGGAGGAAAACAAGGACGACAUUUCAACAUACGUACAGACCCAAUUGUCCGCUUGGUCAAAUAACGAGACCCUGGCCACCAUAUGGAUGGACAUUACGGAUCGCUCUUCAGGUGUCUUCAUUUGGGCACGUCUCAUCGUACCACGCGUCCUCCGCCUUGAGCGUAGAGGGGAGAAUUGGAAAAAGAUCAAACGAGAAAUCGAAAACACUCCUCAAGCGCUGGAUGAUCUGUAUAGAGGCCUCGCGAGGAAAGUGGCGGCUGAGCCAGGCACGCUCAAACUGAUCGAAUGGAUCUGCUUUGCCAUGGAACCUUUAACAUUAAACGAAUUGCGAUGGGCCAUGAUCGUCGAUCCCCACUACUCAGACGAACCUGUCUCCCUCCAGCACUACGAGGACACGGAGGAUUUCGCGACCAGCUGCGACAUGAUGGAGAAAAGGCUAAAGGCUCUCAGCUGCGGCCUUGCCGAGGCCGUACCGUCAUCUCACGUUGUACAAUUCAUCCAUCAGUCAGUCAAAGACUUCUUCAUGAAAGAAGGCUUGGUGAUCCUGCACAGAAGUCAAAGUCCGGCCGGGAGCGAGGCCAACGAGGCAGAUCUGAAAUGCACCGCGCAUAACCAGCUGUCUAAAACCUGCAUACGCUAUUUCUCAGCAGAGGAGAUCAUCCAGUCAAGACUCCAUCCUGAAAGCCCAACAUGGGAAGAUGACUUUCCCUUGUUGCGUUAUGCUGUAAUACAUUGGACAGCACACGUACAGCAGAGCGAAGAGAAAGGCCCUCAAACCGAUCUCCUGCGCUAUUUUGGCUGGCCAUCAGAACAGGUUGUGCAACGAUGGUCCAAAUUUCAUUGGUCGAUGGCGGAGGACUGGGACUGGCAAAAUGGAACCACCUUGCUGCAUGUAGCAUCACGGUAUCAGUUGAUGGGGCCAUUACUGGGGAUUCUGCAGAGCAAAGAACUACUUGAAAAUAAGAUCGACGCAAGCGACGAUGAGAACCGGACACCGCUUUGGUGGGCCGCCUACGAAGGGCAUGAGGCUGUCGUACGCCUCCUACUCGACAACGGUGCAAAUAUAAAUGCCGUGUGCGGCGAAUAUGGCCAUGCUCUGCGUGUGGCUUCCUUGGAGGCCAACGAACAAGUCAUACGUGUCCUUCUUGAUUAUGGAGCCGAUAUAAAUGUACAGUGCGGAGGUCUCGGCAACGCCUUGCAAGUGGCUUCGUGUAACCGCAGCGAACAGGUUGUACGGUUGCUUCUAGAAUGCGGGGCAGAUGUGAACGCACGAUGCGGAUAUUAUGGCAACGCUUUGCAAGCGGCUUCAUAUGCCGGCAACGAACAAAUUGUGCGCUUGCUGCUCGAAAAUGGGGCCGAUAUAAAUGCAGAUGGAGGACGCUAUGGAACAGCCCUAAACGCUGCUUCAUUUCGCGGCCACGGAAAGGUUUCGCAGAUGCUGCUUGAGAAGGGCGCCGAUGUGAAUGCUGGAGAGCACGACAAGGCUCUGGUACUCGCUUCCUUCAAGGGCCACGAACAGAUUGUGCGGAUGCUUCUCGAGAACGGAGCAGAUGUGGACGCUCGGAGCCAAAAUUUCAGUAACUCAAAUGCUUUAGACAGGGCGUCACUUAGAGGCCACGAAGAGAUCGUACAGAUCCUCCUCGAGUACGGCGCCGGACGGGAAAGGUCAGCACCCUGA